AUGGCUAGCCUUCGAUCCGUGCUGGUCUCCGGCCUGUUGGCCGCGAGUGUGAAUGCUCAAGACUUUGGUGGUAAUGGUCGCGACGAAGAGGCCUUCAGCUGGGUUCAACCCAAGAAUACCACCAUCCUAGGACAAUACGGCCACUCACCCGAGUUCCCUUCCACCUAUGCUACUGGCAAGGGAUGGGAAGAGGGCUUCGCCAAAGCCAAGGAGUUCGUCUCCAAGCUGACUCUCGAAGAAAAGGCCGACAUGGUCACUGGAACUCCCGGUCCCUGCGUUGGAAACAUUAUCGCCAUUCCUCGUCUUGGUUUCAACGGUCUCUGUCUCCAUGACGGCCCUCUCGCUAUCCGAGUCGCCGACUACGCCAGCGUCUUCCCCGCCGGUGUCUCCGCCGCUUCCUCUUGGGACAAGGAGCUUCUCUACCAGCGCGGUCUCGCAAUGGGUCAAGAGUUCAAGGCCAAGGGUGCUCACGUCCUUCUUGGACCUGUCGCUGGUCCUCUUGGACGCUCGGCCUACUCUGGUCGUAACUGGGAGGGUUUCUCCCCCGACCCCUACCUGACUGGUGUCGCCAUGGAGCAGACCAUCAACGGUCAUCAGGACGCCGGUGUUCAGGCUACUGCCAAACACUUUAUCGGCAACGAGCAGGAGGUUAUGCGAAACCCCACUUUCAAGAAGGAGGGCUAUGUCGGUGAGGUCGACGAGGAGGCCCUCUCCGCCAACAUGGACGACCGAACCAUGCACGAGCUUUACCUCUGGCCCUUUGCCAACGCCGCCCAUGCCAAGGCUGCCAGCUUCAUGUGCUCUUACCAACGUCUCAACGGCUCAUACGGCUGCCAAAACUCCAAGAUCCUCAACGGUAUCCUCCGCGACGAGCUUGGUUUCCAGGGUUAUGUCAUGUCCGAUUGGGGUGCUACCCACGCCGGUGUUGCUGCCAUCAACAGCGGUCUUGACAUGGACAUGCCCGGUGGUAUCGGUGCCUACGGCAUGAACUGGAAGGCCGGAUCUUUCUUCGGCGGUAACUUGACCAACGCCGUCACCAACGGCACCCUUGAGGAGGCCCGUGUCGAUGACAUGAUCAUGCGUAUCAUGGCUCCUUACUUCUGGCUCGGCCAGGACAGCGAGGAGUUCCCCUCUGUCGACGAGUCCAGUGGUGACCUCAACACCUUCUCUCCCCGAAGCACCUGGCUCAAGGAGUUCAACUUUACCGGCGAGCGUAGCCGUGACGUCCGUGGUGACCACGGUGAUCUGAUCCGCAAGCACGGCGCCGAGACCACCGUCCUCCUCAAGAACGAGAAGAACGCCCUUCCCCUCAAGAAGCCCAAGUCCAUUGCUGUCUUUGGUAAUGAUGCUGGCGAUAUCACUGAGGGUUUCCUCAACCAGAAGGACUACGAGUUUGGUACUCUUGUCGCUGGUGGUGGCUCCGGAACUGGUCGUCUUACUUACCUCGUCUCUCCUCUUACUGCCAUCAACGCUCGUGCUAAGCAGGACGGUACUCUUGUCCAGCAGUGGUUGAACAACACUCUCAUUGCUACAUCCAACGUCACUGACCUUUGGAUCCCCGCUGUUCCUGAUGCCUGCCUUGUCUUCCUCAAGACCUGGGCUGAGGAGGGUGGUGACCGUGGACACCUCAGCGUCGACUGGGACGGUGACGAUGUUGUCAGGUCUGUCGCCAAGUCUUGCAACAACACCAUCGUUGUCACUCACUCUUCCGGUAUCAACACUCUCCCCUGGGCCGACCAUCCCAACGUUACCGCCAUCCUCGCUGCCCACUUCCCCGGCCAGGAGUCUGGCAACUCUCUUGUCGACCUUCUAUACGGUGAUGUCAACCCCUCCGGUCGUCUUCCCUACACCAUUGCUUUCAACGGCACCGACUACAACGCUCCUCCCACCACUGCUAUCAACACCACCGGUACCGACGACUGGCAGUCUUGGUUCGAUGAGAAGCUCGAGAUUGACUACCGCUACUUUGACGCCCAGAACAUCUCUGUCCGCUACGAGUUCGGUUUCGGUCUGUCUUACUCCACCUUUGAGCUCUCCGACAUCUCCGCUGAGCCUCUCGCCGACGACAUCACCGCCAUGCCCGAGGCCCUUCCCGUCCAGCCCGGUGGUAACCCCGCCCUCUGGGAGACCAUCUACAACGUUACUGUCUCUGUCACCAACAGCGGCAAGGUUGACGGUGCUACCGUUCCUCAGCUCUACGUCACCUUCCCCGAGAGCGCUCCCGAGGGUACUCCUCCUAAGCAGCUCCGUGGUUUCGAGAAGGUCUUCCUUGAGGCUGGUGAGAGCAAGAAUGUCAGCUUUGAGCUGAUGCGCCGUGAUCUCAGCUACUGGGAUAUUGUUUCUCAGCAGUGGGUCAUUCCUGAGGGCGAGUUUACCAUUCGUGUUGGAUUCAGCAGCAGGGACUUGAAGGAGGAGACCAAGGUUACCCUUGUUGAGGCUUAA